AGUCUGAGUCAGGCUGGAAAGUGGGACAGCCGAGUUGGGGCCACACCCUCCAGGAGCCCAGCUGACACUUCUUCAUGGCAGACAGUUUGGAGGGGGCAGGUGACCUGGUGUGGAGAGUCAGAGGCUACGUCUUCAGACAAGUGGCAACAGGCCACCAACUUGAAAGGGAAGAUUGUGCUGUGAUGGGGAAGGUGUCCAACAAACCUACUGGUGACUAAUUACAAACGUUGGGCUGGAGCGUCAGAGGCCGCUUGUUAAACGUUUCAUUAAGUGGCACUUUGAAAGCUGCCACCUGUGCAUUCUGGGCGGUCAGUGGGAGAGUGAGGCACAAGGGGUAGAACUAGUGUAUCUUCAGGGAGACUCAGGAAGACAACCGAAUCCCACCUCCAGAGACUGGAGCUCACGGGUCAGAGGCCUCGAUGGGAGAAAAGCCACUGCAGGGUUCAGGGGAAGAGUUUUGGGGCGCUAGUAGCUGCAUAAUCUUAAGCAAAGCUCACCUGUUUUGAGAGUGUUCCCACUUCUGCAGUCCAUGGAGCUCAGAGACAUCAUACGGAUUAAAUGAGAUCAUGGCUGGGAAAGUGCUUGGGAACUGCGGCUUUACCUACACAGGAGUUAUCUCACCUGAACCAAGAGGGAAACAUACCUGGCGGGAUUAAGAACCUCACCCUCCUGGGUCUGGCCGCUCGCAGCGGAGGAGGAUCUGGGACAGUUUCCAGGGGUGCCCUGCAAUGCACCUCUGGACAGCAGGGGGCAGCCUGGAGCUCGGAAGGUGGAGCCCACACCCAGGUUUCUCCUGCUGACUGUCCCGGUGACUCACCUCCACAUCCCCGCCCUUUUACCUUUAAGGAAGAGCCGGAAAGGGUGUGGGGAAAGAGGCGAGCAGGAGGCAGGUCUUGGGUCCCAGUCCCGCCCCUACUUCUCCCCACCCUUCUGAGGGCCAGGCCACCCAGCCAAAAGGCACGCCGAGAGCAGGAGAGGCACAGAACCCGGCAUCGGUGCCCUGGCAGCCAGUUAGCCCGCCGCCCGACCGUCUGUCCCUAGAGCCAUGGAAAGAGCCAGUCUGAUCCAGAAGGCCAAGCUGGCAGAGCAGGCCGAGCACUAUGAGGACAUGGCAGCCUUCAUGAAGGGCGCAGUGGAAAAGGGUGAGGACCUCUCGUGCGAAGAGCGAAACCUGCUCUCCGUGGCCUACAAGAACGUGGUGGGCGGCCAGAGGGCUGCUUGGAGAGUUCUGUCCAGCAUUGAGCAGAAAAGCAACGAGGAGGGCUCGGAGGAGAAAGGCCCUGAGGUCCGAGAGUACCGGGAGAAGGUGGAGACAGAGCUCCGGGGCGUGUGCGACACCGUGCUGGGCCUCCUGGACUCCCACCUCAUCAAGGAGGCUGGGGAGGCCGAGUGCCGAGUCUUCUACCUGAAGAUGAAGGGCGACUACUACCGCUACCUGGCCGAGGUGGCCACUGGUGACGACAAGAAGCGCAUCAUCGACUCUGCCCGGGCAGCCUACCAGGAGGCCAUGGACAUCAGCAAGAAGGAGAUGCCACCCACCAACCCCAUCUGCCUGGGCCUAGCCCUGAACUUUUCUGUCUUCCACUACGAGAUCGCCAACAGCCCGGAGGAGGCCAUCUCGCUGGCCAAGACCACUUUUGACGAGGCCAUGGCUGACCUGCAUACACUCAGCGAGGACUCCUACAAAGACAGCACCCUCAUCAUGCAGCUGCUGAGAGACAACCUGUCGCUGUGGACAGUCGACAACGCCGGGGAAGAGGCCGGUGAGGCUCCUGAGGAGCCCCAGAGCUGAGCCUGCCUGCCGCUGCCUGCCCUGCCCUGCCCGCUCCAGUUCCCAGCCACUGCCCAGAGGACUUGUACAGGGUGGGAGGCCCGGUCCUUCCCAGACCGUCUCGAGUGCACCGCCCCAGCCCAGAAAGGCCCCCUCCGGGGUCGCAGCCACGCCGAGGCCACGUGGCCGGGAUCCACUCUCACGCACGGGCUGCAGGGCACCCCGCCCACCUCUGCUCCCGGCGCCCCCUUCCAUCCCACCCCAUUCCUACCCCGGCCACUUUCCCACCACCACUCCGUGCCUCCCUCUGGCCCCUGCCGCUUCUGGAUCUCAGGAACCGAGGAGUGUCCCACCGGGGCUGAGAACUGGACCUUGCGGCAGUAGCUGGAGAAGGGUGUGUGCGUGUGUGUGACUGUGAGAGAGAGUGAAAGCGCGUCUGCUGGGUGUGACCACGUUUCCUCUCAAUAAAGUUCCGCUGUGA